UGUCGCGUUGUUCUCGGUUUGGAACGGUUCUGAACAGUUGCUGGUCGCAAGGAUACACACAUCUGUUUAUCGUCUGGCUUGUACGAUAGCUUCAGUUUGGAUUUAUUUUAUAUUUUCAGCACGAGUGUGUGAAACCGUCUUUGGGAAAUAUAUCUCUUCAACCCGUGCACUAGAGCAAAUGGAAGUAGUGUGUGAAAAUUUAGGAAAAAGCGAAUACUGCCAAUUGAAGUGUGUGUGUGAUCUUCCACUACAGCUUGCUAAAGUAAAAAGUGAAUUCCAAAUGAAUGUUUACAGUUGCUUGCCUUAGUCAAACCAGCGUCAGUGGAAGCGUUUUCACGACCGCUCGUUUCGUUUCAUACUUCUUUCUUUGAGUGUGGAAAAUCGCCUGCUGGCCAGGAGAAGCAUUGCUCCAUUUUCCAUCCGGAAUAGCGCACAUACACAUACAUAUGGUAUUUUGAUGUCAUCGCCGUAAACGUCAUUGCUGUUCAGUUGCUCCUUCGGUUGUGUUUUCCAGCAUUGUGGUCCAUUGCCGUGAACGGUAGUGUCCUUUCGAGUGACGUAGAGAGAGAGAGAGAGAGAGAGAGAGAGAGAGAGAGAGAGAGAGAGAGAGAGAGAGAGAGAGAGAGAGAGAGUCUGUCGGGUUGGAGCGCUUCGGGGGGACUAGUGCCCGUUUGAUACCUCGUGCCACGGUGCCAGUCCCGUACGAUUAGCAUUCGAGUGUCCGUGCGUGCGGGUGGUAGCCAGUGCUAGCAGGGUACAAAAAUAUGUUGUGCCAAGAAUCGAAAAGAGUUGUGAAUAAUUUACACAGGUCGCGAAAAGUAUGGAUAAAAGCUCUGUUCAUUAUACUUGUGCUGAAUGCGCAUGUGCUUGUUGUGACAUCGCAGCAGCAGCAGCAGCAGCAGCAGCAGCACCAACACCAACAUCAGCAGCAUCAACAGCAGCAACAACAGCAGCAGCUUUUGCCCACAAACCUGCCAUCACCGCAAAAACGAGCCGGUAACACUGCCGACGGUGCCAAAGACCAUUGCAACAAAACUGUUGACAUCUACGAGGAUAUUUCUUCACCAGAAGUUACAAACCUUAAUCGAAACCGACCACUCACAUGCUGGUAUCGGUUUCGCAGCUUCCGGGGUGCACCCCGCGAUUGGGUGCUACGGUUGAAUUUCAAAAAGUUCAAAGUAGGAACCCUACUUAAUGCGACACACUGCGAUGGAGGCUACUUACAGAUAGUGGAUGGCAAUGCCAAAACCGAUGUGUCAAACCGUCGAGAACCGGGUCAAUUCUGCGGCGAAUCGGAGCAACCGCAAACGUUCAUCAGUGAAACAAGUGCCGUCAAAAUAGUCUUUCACACCGAUAACUUCACCGACCAGACAUAUUUCGCUUUCGACUCUGGCGCAGAACAACAAAUGGAGGUAUUCAACCGUUACGGCCCGCACCCGGAACUUUAUCCAAAUCGUCGGGGAGAAGUGGUGCAAGGGUCGUACUGUGAGCGAGAAUUUCGCGACUGUCGACUACAGACGUGCUAUGUGCAGUCACCCGCUUAUCCAGGAAUAUAUCCGCGAGCGUUGAAGUGUCGCUAUCGGUUGCACACGAGACUUCCUUUCAUCAAGCUCUACAUCCAGAACGAACAGUUUGCCGUGGACGGGCAGAGGUGUGAAAACAUCAUGACAUGUCCGAUGAAGGAAAUAGGGUCCGGCUCCGAACACUGCCCCUACGAUUGGUUGGCGGUGUACGAUGGACGAGACGAACAUGCACCACCAAUUGGAAAGUUCUGUGGGAUGGGGAAAUUCCCCUUCAGUAUCAUUGGAACAUCGCAACAUAUGUAUGUGGAGUUUGUAUCGUCACCUGCCGGGCCACUACUGAACACGGGUUUCCAUUUCAAUGUGGGAAAUUGGCCCGGGCAUGUGGAAACGGUUGGAACAAAACAUGGCGCAUGCGAUUGGUUACUUAGUUCUGAUGCGUUACGCGCUACCAGUGCGUCCGAAGGCAUUUUUCUAAGUGUAGCACAUUGGUACCCACCAAACACAUCCUGCAGCUACCAUAUACAAGGGAACGAGGACGAGGUCGUUCGGCUCUACUUUCCUAGCUUCCGAAUAAACCGUAUCGAAGCGCCUAUCAUAAAGCAUGAGGAGGAUUGCGCAGAAUCGCUCACGAUCUAUGAUGCAAACAAUCCUGAUCCGGCCCGUAUCAUUAAAACGUUUUGCGAUACCUUCUCCCGGCCAAUGGAAAAGAUCGAUUUUGUUAGCACAGGUCGUUCGCUGUACGUAAAGUUCCUCAGCAAAACCGGCUCAUAUAGUGGCAGCUCGUUAUACUACUGGGCUCAUUACGAUUUCUUCAACAACACCAAGUUUGGCGAUCCCGUACCAAACACACUCUGCGAUGAAGUCUUCUAUGCCUGGAAGUACAGCCGGGGUGAGCUUAAAUCGCCACGGAAUACGCUCAUCUACAAGCGUGCCUCCGGUAGCGAUGUGCGUUGUCAGUACAAGUUCAUCACGGAUCGACGUUUGUUCUCGCGUGUAGUGGUAGAGGUGACAUCGGUGACAUUCAAAGAAGUACCCUACUCGGUAAGCGCAUGCACCCGAUGCCACGAGGAGCGAGUGGAUAAGCUAAUUUUAUGGGAAGAACGUGACAAGAGCCAAAACCGAUUGGCUUGCUUCUGUGACAACAUUCCCCGACCGGUGCGUAUCAUAUCCUCGGGGGAUCAAAUGAAUCUGGAACUUAUCAUUCAAGGACAGCACGCCACGACAAGCUACUUUAAAAAUCCAAACACUCUGUUCGAGGCGAAUUACGAGUUUGCUCAUGGGCCGAUUUGUGGACCAAUAACGUUAGGUCCUUCGCCCGAUGGAGAGCUAGUUUUUCCUUACAAAAACGCACUGGGAUUCCAGCUGACCGAAAACCGUAAAGAAAAGUGCAUCUGGGAGCUUAAGGUAGCGGCACAGCGUGACCUCUGGCUACACCUGGAUAAGGCACGGUUUGCUGAGCGAAGCUGUGAGCAUGGCCGUAUCGAGGUGUAUCUCGCCGGUCGGCUUGAGCCACGCUUUAUCAUUUGCCCUGAAAAUGUGAGCCUUGCGCGGGAUCUGCCCAUUCUGUCAGCGGCCGAGCUGGGUGCCGUGGAGAACGAAAACGAACCGCUACCAGUGCUAAUACAGUACACAGGUGAUAGUGCCAUCGGCAAGAACGCAUUUAAAUUCGUUUGGACAGAACUGUUCCAUCUACCUCGCAACGCCGACGGAACGCUGGCAACUUCCGCAAUGUUCAAGGACAGUUGCGAUUUCUACUGUCCCGGCGAUCAGCACGUUUGCAUACCGGAGUAUCUGCUGUGCAACGGCGUGCUUAACUGUCCCAACGUGACUGGCCUGCGCGUAGUAGAAAGCAACAUCGAUAAAAACUACGAGUACAUCGAGGAAAAUUAUCUACGCACCGGGCUUUUCGAUAAGGAGUUCCUGCUCAAUAUCGAGUAUUUGACCGACGAAUCGCCGGAGCUCUGCCGGACCAAGUACAUACCGGGCAGCCGGCCUGGGCAGGUCGAGCUACCAGAUGUGGUAGAGUGCUUCCAGUUUCCGGUGGUGCAAAUGGUUGUCGCUGGCAUCAUAGUCAGUGCGCUAAUCAUUCUUGCAUUCGUUAUCUAUUGUCGUCUGUACGGACAGAAGUACUACGAAUGAGAGGAACCACACUAGCGUUGGUUGUAGCGUCCCUGCAUCCGCUCUAUAGACUAUCUCUGAUAAGGUAAGUUGUUAGGUUUUUUUGUGACUCUUUUCACAUUCCCGACUCCGUUUUCUUCGCUCCUUCAUUAGUUAAUCAGCAUGGGUAGACGCAACGAGCGAGCUUAUUGUGUGUUGCGCAAAGGUACUAGGAACAUAGCAAAGGACUAGUAACACAGCAUGUAGGGUUUGAGUAGUAACGUUCACCACCAUUUACUACUACAGAAAUAUUCCAUUUCUUAUGAACUUUCUUUAUGCACUGAUUUUUGAAACAAGUAGAACAUUUGCGAUUUUCCAGAUGUAAUUGUAUUUCAGCAAUUAUCUUACGGUGAGAAUGAAACCCUUUCACUGAUAAGAAAACAGUUAUCACAAGAAAAACGGCACACACAAAAUUAGUAUGAACUGUGACAAAGUUUUGAGCACCAAACAAACUAGUUUAGAGAACAUUUUCUUUACUCUUUUCCGUAGUAAACAAUAGUUCCGAUUCUUUGUUAUUUGACAUUACACGAAAAACCCCCAUUUGAUGAGCGACAUUGAAUGAAGCAAGUUGUGUUUGAGAUGGUGAUGGAUUGCUUUAGACAGAAAUGAAAGUGCAUCGGAAAGUAUUGCAGGGAAGCUUGUACACGGUGCAUUACAGCGAAAUUUAACAAUCGUUUCACCGAAACAUACAUUGUUGUUGAACGCAGUGCAGACAUUGAAUCCAGUUAAACUAUAGGCAAAUAAAAGGCAAUUCUUUACGAUAAUGAAAAGAAAAUUAAAAAAAAAAAAACAAAUCUUUGCACAACUUGUACAUAAGUAAAAUUUAAACUAAGAACCCUAACAACAACAAAACAAAACUCACAAACAAAUAAGAACCAGAGUGGACUUAGG